CGCGUGUCCUCCUGCCACCUCUUCGUCUUCCUUCUGACCGUCCUGACGACAAGGUUGUUCAGUCGCUACACGACCUUCUUCCAGGAUCGCGAAUCUCCCCAAGGGGUUCUGACUUUUUGUUCUCGACGCGCUAAUUGCACAAAAAAAUUUUCCAACAAAGUUGUUAUUCUCAAUUAUCAACUUCGAUCAGAAUCGUGUUGUAUCGAAAAAUCACGCGUCGAUGGAUCAAUAAAUCAUCAGAAAUCACGAGGACCCCCAAGGGGAAGAGGAGGCUUUGAUUGUCAUCUUUUAAAUCUGCAAUCCACUAUCUUUUCACACGUAAUUAAGACGCCGUGUAUAUGAGAUGCGGAGACGCUUGUGGACGCUCCUCGCUGUUCUGACAUGCGUGUCGGGCGAGUAUCUGAUGGGCGGUCACCUGGACAACAAUGCCGGGUCCCAGCGAUCCGGCAAGAUCGAGAGCGCUUCCACGUUGGAGCGCAAGACACGUCUGGAUGACCUUGACCUGGAUCUCGUGGCGGAGGAGAGUUCUGUUGCCGUGGGCGCUACCGCUGAAGCUCCAACCGGCGACAACGAUGGCGACGCUCCACGUUACCAUAUUCCGUAUCCUUUCGCCUUCAACGGAGGUAAGCCGUUUUCGCUGGAGAAAGACCCGAUAACCGGUAAGAUUGACUUCGAAAAAGCACCACCCGUCAAAGCUCUCAAUUACACCGACCGUUAUCGUGAGGAUAAAGAGGAUGACGACAGAGAUGGUGACAAGAAGGAUGUCUAUUCGGAACGGAAGAAAAACAAGGGCAAGAACAACGAAGACGUCGGUCCGAAUGAGAUCAACACGUACACUAAUUUUCACGAUUUCCUCAACCUACCCGUCCACUACUCCUCGAACAAAUACGAGAACGACAAGUACCCGCUGAUCUCGAGCUCGUACGCAAACACGAAGGUGCAGAGCGGUGCCAAUAGCUACAGCACGUACAAUCACAGACCUUAUCAUUCCGAGAACAAUCUGUACGCGCGUCCCAUUAAGAAUUCUUACGCACCAAUAACGAAAACGAGCACGCACAAGACCACGGCUAUCGAGGAUGAUAAAGCGAAGUGGACGAGUCCGUCGACGAUCACGACUUCCGUAUCAGCCAUGACUACGUCGCGAACCUCGCUUCCUACUUCGACCAAGGCACCCGUUGUAACCACGUGGAAACCGUCCAAUACUCCGAUUGCGUUUCACUCGAUCGAUCGCACCGAGAUGGAAAGCGAGAAGAAUCUCCUGCCGAUCGAAAAACUGCACGCUUCCAAUCACCCUGAAUCUCAUCGAAAUCCGAGCAAUCCAAUGCGAACUCCAAAUAAUGCUGCGAUGACAGAGAAGACGCAAGCCGGCCCUCUUCAUAAAGAUCAUUCGAAUCUCGAUAAUUUCGUGGUAUCUCAUACGAGACCUGAAACCAAACCAGCGCAAAAUGAAGAAGAUAUUCAAUACAGAGAUUCUUACGACACUUACGAAUUGUCGGACGGUGAGGGCGAGGGCGAGGGCGAAGGUGAAGCUGACAGCAACGGCAACAGCGAGGAAAACGAUUACUCUUUAUUCCAAGACUUAUUGAAAGAUUUCACGUCAGAAUCUUCUACAACCACUUCUCCAACAGCGUCAACGGCAGCUACAACCACCACCACCACUGCCACUACUACAACAAGGGUUACUGCAUCGUCUGUAGGAACAACAACGGCCGCUACCACGGUCAUGCCUUUGCGAUCCGUAUCUUCGACAUCAUCUGCGCCUCGAGAGGACACGCUGGCAAACGGCCCGUCUCAAUUUCCAUUGAUAUCACAACAUCCGAUCGUCUCUUCGUCUUUGAACAGCGACCGAAGACAGGGUGUUACGGAACGUUACGACGAUAUAAUCAGUCAUGGAUAUAGAUCGACGCCGAUGCCAGUCAAGUUGGAACCGAACAGAAUAGGAGGGGCCGUGAUAGAGAGCACGAGCAACAUUGUGAUUCCACCGGAUCAGAAUGUCGUGUCUUUUGUUCUCGGCAAUCGUCAAAGCGUCGAAGGUGGCUAUUAUUCGAUCGGGACAGCCGUCGGAGAGAAUCUCUAUGGCGGUUUAUCCGACAACGAUGCCAUGCUCUGGCCCAUUCACAACGAUCCUCAAGGUCCAACGAAAGGAGUUAAACAGGAGCAACACCUACCACCUCAUUCCGUCACUGAAUUAUCGGGUCCCGAUCGCGAUACGCAACAAUGGUGGCCACCCAGCCCCCUGAAAACCAGCAACGAGAUCGAACCGAUGAAAUCUCAGAGUCCCCUCGUCGCUAUCUCGAGCGCAGUAAUUCAGGAUGAGAACAACCGAAGCAAAGAAAAGGAUUCCAGCUACGUCGUUUUUCCGGACGACGAGACAAAGGACACCGACGCGACGACAGAAGAGCGAAUCGUGAUUGUGAACGAAGCGGAUGGUAGCAUUCGUGAAUUAAUUACUUCCAAGACGACGACGCUAACGACGACGAUGGCGACAACGAUAAAUAAAACAAAGCCCAAUGUAUCAACAGCGAUUGGAGAUUUGCCGCAGCUCGCCGAGGAUUUGAUACCACCCGCGGAGAGUUCCAGACCAUCAUCCAAACCGCCACCAUCAUACUUCUAUCAUUACCAGUACGACGGACCGAGACCAGAUCAUUCAAGAUUACCGCAGAGAUUGCCUCUAUCGCCGCCACCACCGCGUAUCAAGCCGCACUCGGUACCCCCGUUGGACCCGGGGCUUAGGAAACGUCCGUACUUGCCAGACACGAAGCUGCCUAACAUUCUGCCCCAGUUUCGACCUAACGCGAAAGCGUCAUACGGUCAUCGCGGUCCGGAUACGAUAGGAACGAUGCCGGCCGGGCAAGGCUCGUCAGGUACGAGAAUCAGACAAUCGUUGCCGAGUCAUUCGUCCACCUCACGAAGACCUCUCUUUCCACCUUCACCUUCGUAUCUUCAACGAUUGAACCCGCCACCGCCGUCGAUCCACGCGAUUAGACUAGCGAUCGUGCCAACAUCCAAUGUGGAUAAUAUCGUUCUACCACACGAGACAGAAUCGGUACGUACAAGACUUCGUCCUCCGCACGCGACACCCUCGAUCUCCCGUGUAGGUCUACAUGAGAACAAGUUGUUUGCUCAUGGAAUCGGUCAAGGCACAAUAAGCAAGAACGCCGAGAGUAGGAAGGAGGACCAUGGUAAGAGCGAAAUGAUGGGCGAAAACGAAGAAAGAUAUCCGGAGGAACCGCCGAUGACACCGCCAAGGCCACCUCUGUUCCCGAAACGGCGUACGGCAGAUCCCCCGCGCGUUGCGACUCUGCAAAUGAUACAGCAUCACGGUGAACUGAUCGGCGAGAACGACGAGACCGACGAACCGGUGGAACCCGUGCUCGCGCACGAAGCGGAACGUAGAAAAUCCGACAAUCACGAUCCAACGGAAAUACCCGAGCAACCUGUGUACGUUGUAUAUCCGGUGAAUACUGCGGUCAACAUACAUCCGGACGACUCCAAUGAGAAAGAUGGGAGCGUCGUCGUGGGUACGCGAGGUCCUCACCGACCGCUACCACCCGACACUUUGCUUCAGAACGAACCGGCGGACGAGGCACAUACCGUUUACAACGGUAGACCUUUGGUCGUCCAAGAUUUUCCAUACCCUCUAGAACGGCCCGAUCCGACAUCCGUCUUUCCCGUCACCGUGAAAGAAACGCCGUUAUUGAUACCCAGUAAGCAACGGCAACAGCAGCAGCAGACUUCCGUCAUGAGCGAGCAAGAGAAGAGCGAAAAGGACGAGCACGUGGACACAGUAAAUGUAAUCCCGUACCUGCAGGAAUUCCUGCCAACUUCCAAUCGAAGAAAGAACGACGCGGCGAUCUCGGUGACGCUGCAUCGCACUGGAUCAGGAACUGCAUCGACGUCGGCAUCGACGUCGACCGCUUCGACGUCGACCUCGAUGCCAAUCGCUUAUGUUUACACGCCGACGCACGCUCCGUAUUCGAUUCGUCUCGAUGAAGGCAGAGAUGAUGAUGAGGACGGGGCGGAUGUUGCUGCGAAUGUCGACGCGAAGCAGACGGUGUUACUACCUUCUCAGCAGCCGUCCAGCUCUUCCAGCUCGGCACCGGCGCCGCAAAACUUUAUGGCUCCCUUCGUCGCCAGUAUCAGCGCCGAGACGCCUAGCAAAAACGGCUGGAGCGUCGUCGUUGUCGAACCGCCCGUGGGAGCGGAGAGGAAGUCGGAUAACGACGAUGGCGAGAAACUUGUCAGCUCGGAAAUGGAACCGCAAACCGAGAGGAACGAGUUUGACGUCAAUAACUUUAAGCCGCAGCUCAUCGGUGGAUUCAAGCCAAUUUAUGAAUUUCCUACGGAGGACGCGAUGCAUCGGGACGUAGCUGAUACGAACACGGAAAUAGACAUUCCCAGGCAUUCCAAGGAACUGCUGUCCGUAUCUGAUAAAGGAUAAUUUAUUAAACAAAAGAUACAGAUUGUCUUUUUGUGUUUCCCUUCGAGCUUUGCUCUCGGACAUUCCGCGCUUGCGCUUAUUUUACUACUCCUCUCGCGUAAAAUAUACGUAAACGAAAACAUCGACGAAAGUGAAAACAAAAUAUACAUAUGUAAGCAAAGAGAACGAAGAGCGAAUGUCUUUGUGCGCUGCUCGAUGAAAAGACACAUACAUCUUCGUGGCAGAGCCAGCUAAUAAAUGACUGUUAUCACUCAUUUUUAUGCCGUCUAAUCCAUAAGAAUUUCGUGAUAUAAAAUACUAUAUAAUUUAUUGCAAUGAUGAUUUGCAUUAAGCUCUGCCUCGCAGAUGUAAUAGCGUCCUAAACAUUAGCUAAAUAAAAAAUAUCGGCGAGUAUACAAAACGCUGAAUAAAAAUAUAAUAGUAACAUUUUCCAUGGGCAAUAUUUUUGUGUGGAAUAUUUCGUUAUUAUAAUUGUGUAAUAUACAUAUUAAAAAGAUAUUCCCGUCGAAAAAACCCAUAAAUUAAACUUUAUAUUUUCCCAUAAAUAUGUAAUAUUUUACUUCGAAAAUGUUAUAUCGAAAAAGAGAACUUAUAUAUCAUAUUACGAGACUUUGUAAUAAUUUUGAUUAAAUUAUUUAUAUAUAUUAAAAAGUAUAUGAUAGACGCUUUAUAUACGGGAUGUUUCUAAAACUAUGUCGGAGAUUAUAAGGGCGUAUUCUAGGGGUCAAAAUAAGAAAAAAAGUUCAUAUAAGCAUGGGUCCAAAAAUGCUUUUUCUCCGAGUUAUAGCCCCCUAAAGUUGAGGGAAAAAAUCGAAAAA